GUGCAUACUGUACUGUAGCUAAGUAGCAUAUGUGUGGCAGUGUGAGUGCCAGAGUGUGUGAAAAGUGAAAUUAUGUGAGAAAGAGAGUGGCAGAGAUGGGUGAGAGAGAGAAGAGAGUGAGCGCACAAGAAGUGGCACGCCUGUCAGCUGUGCAACAAGCUGCGACCAGUGGAGCUAUUGGGAGGAGGAGGGCAGAAGGAAAACCCUGGAAGGAAUAAAGAUCAAUCAGGAGAUGUGAGGAAGUGAAAUAGUGAGAGGCAGGAAGAAAGAGAGAUGAAUGAAACAGAGAGAGAGAGAGGAGGAGACUGUUCAGUGUGUGCAGGCUGAGAUGGAAAGUGAAAUAGAUCUCUGGGAAGCGACUCAGUGAGCGCUGUGAUCAAGACAGAGAGAGGCGUACAGGAAAUACAGGGAAAGUGACAGAGAGUGCUUUGAUUGACACGCCCAUCAUGAUAAAAGCAAAGGAGAACCUAGCAAUUUGUUUUCCUUUUUGAUUCAUGUUUGAUCUUCUAAAUUCUUCUGAUUUAUUGUGGAGAUGCUGUGUUGACCGAUGCUUGGAUUGUGCUGUAAAACUUGGCUCUGAUUCUUGUUUUACCACCUUGGCUCAGCUUCUUUCUCCAUGAGUCAUGGAUCACUGACAUUGAGUGGUUGGACUGAAUAAGCUUCCAACAGGCUUGAUUAAUAAACUAUGAUACCGUGGACAUUUUGAUUGUAACUCCCACCAACAAUGUGGGGAACUAGAUGAGGACAGUCUGCUCUCUUGAGAAUAUGUUCUCCAGGAAUCGCUUCAAUGGACAACAUGGAACAGGUGUUGCCCCUAAAGGAGGCACAAAGGCAAAAGUCCAUUCACCCAAAAAGAGGGCUCCAAACCCCAGGGUAGCACUGGUCAUUCGGGGGAAAAUACAUCGUCUCCUGCAAGGGUCUGCAGACCACCAUGUCCCAGAUUCCCACCACUAUUAUGCAGGUAUUGAGGAGGAGGAGGUGGAGGGGGAAACACAGAAGGGCAGAAAGGAACACAGAAGCAUAUAUCCAAAGGUUAGCCCCAGGGCUGAAGCUUACUCUCCAAAAGUGUCAAACGGUAAAGGACAUGGAGGACCGACGGGGUUACCCUGUGUAGGAGAGGUGGAGCUGAACAGAGAGGGAUGUAUAAGAAUACCCUGCACUUUACAGCAUAAAAGCUGCAGAUCCCCAGCGAAUAUGAAACGAAUCUCUUUUGAGGGUGAAAUUCGGGCAACUCCUGAGCAGAUGCGACCACCCCCGCACUACAGUCCAAUUGACCCAGACAUGAAUGGUACUAAAUUUGCAGGAGCAGCCGGAAGGGAUUUUGCUUCACCCCGUAUUCGGCCAAAGAGACCAUAUUCUACUGGUGAUUGUGUGGACUACAACUUCAAUAGAACUCUCCCAGGUACACUGCUGGAAGAGGACGAAGAUAAAGAGGAGGAGUCAAGUGCCGUCAUUGAGCACAUUCUAAAAGAGCUGAGGGGUAUCAACAAGAUCCAGGAGGAAAUUUCCGACCUCAGGGAUUACCUGACUUCAGUUCGAGGGUCAGUUGAGGAAGUGUCAUCCUGUGUAGACGCUGUAUUGUUGGAGAUUGAGGGCAUUCGUUCUAGCAACAAGGCUGGUUCAGGGGUACACGCAGGUACCUGGUCGGGAGUAGGGUGCAAAGAUGGACCAUCAGCCCGCAGAAGGCCUGCUAGUGCUUAUGGCAAUUUAGGGAGUGCAGUGCCAAAGUCUCAUUCAAAUCUAUUCCCCCAAGUCUGCAAUGAGCGCCAUAGCAUCCAUGGAGAAUUACUGCUACCAAGGGCAGAAGAGUCUACUGUGUCCCCAAUUGCUGAAUCAGUGGAUCAUCAGGAACUGGAGGAACAAGAGGAUACCUCUGACCAUAGCUCAGAUAUCCCAGUAGGCGCCAUUGCAAGAAAGCUCAGCUUUGGCUACCUUGAAAGGCAGGAUGGCCAAGACUGUCCAAGCACCAGCUCCUUGUCUUCUGGUCAUAGUUCCAAGUCUGAGUCAGACCUAGAGAGACCAUCAUGUAGUCAUGGAAGGAAGCAGCAAAGAGCUGAUGAUGGGGAGGUACAUUGGACUAACAUUGGACGACCCCACAGUGCUGCUGGGGAAUCUGUGUGGCAUAGGGAAACUACUUACCUCAUGGACGGAAGUCUGGAGAAGCAUGAAGGUGAGAGUCCUCUUUGCUGUGAAGGAUCUGGUAGCUGGGAUCACUACAGAGGUGCAGGAGGAUAUGGUACAUCAGGGCAGUGCUCCACAGGAAGCUCAGAACAUCUCUCUGUUCGCUCUGGGAAACAUUACAACUCACCUGCCAGCACUUCUAGCAGGGAGGAGUGGCAGUCAUGGAGGAGAAGGCCUCAAACCCACUCUGGGAUUCAUGUUCCAACAGAUACCAACCUUGAAAACCCCACUGUAGGAUAUGAGUGUGCUGCAGAGUUUUCCUACCCUCAAAGUUCUGGUUACCAUUCACAUGAUGGGCAUGAUGGCGAAGCAGAGGAAUUUGAGGCAUAUGGGCAAUUAAAUGAGCUUAGCUACACAACAGACUGUCAUGUUGAUAGUUAUCAGGAAACUUAUUUAGCCUAUGAAGAGUCUUCAGCAGUGACAUGGACUGAGGCAUCCUUAUGUACCACUGUAGCUGAUGUGGAUAGGCCAUUCAUCCAAGAGACUGAAGCCAGUAACCAAAGCUUAGAAAACCAACUCCCUCACCCUGGCAGUGCAGACGUCCAAGCUGGUGGUUUCAAUGUCAAACGCAUAGGCCAAGCUGUACUUGGUUUUAGCUCUGCCUUGCGGGGAGCAUUGCGCAAACUUGAAGUACCUGGAGCCCAGAAUCCUGGAGAGGAAACAGACUUUGAAAUAUCAAUGCCUUCUGACCUGCAUACAGCUGAGUUGCCUUCAAAACCUUUAUCCUAUGAGGCACAAUUGGAACAAACAUCUGACAAAACCCCGAAAGGUGAUUUGGUUGAUAGUAGUAAUGCUGUUGGGGAAUUGAGCAAUGACAAUACUCUAGACAAAUUAGAUAUUUUCUCUGUGGAGCCUAUGCUUGAAGAAGCCAACAAAAGCCUUACAUUGGAGUUUACAGACACCUGCCAACAUCCUACUUGUUCGGACAAGAUCCCCCCAUGCCCAGAAGAACUUUCAGUCUGCCCUGACCCAAUUUCCAGUAGCACUGCAAUACUGCCUCCACCUGAUGGCCUUACAGAACAACCUUCAGAAGGUCCUGCAGAUCUAACCGUUAAAGCCCAACUUUCGCAAUGCAGCACUGCAGAAUCCCUCUUGGUCUCCCUCUUGACUGAUGAACCUGCAGCACUGGAGCUGGGAGAAAAUGAGGUGCCACUGCCACAGCAACCAGACAUUGUGGCCCCAGAGGGCAAAGCAGAAGGAGAUGCAGCAGAGCCAUCCGUGGAGAUAAGCCAGAUGGAUGAACGCAGGCUCAAGUGCCUGAGGAGCUUCCAGCAGAUUCUGCGAGAGAAAAGGGAGACCAGGCGCAACCUCGCCAGUAUGACCAUGUCCACCUUCUCUCAGGAUGACUUUGAACCAGAUGGAAGUCAAGAUGGUGAUCAGAGCCGAGAUCAAGAUGGUGACCCCAGCAAGCACCCAUGGGCCAAGCCAGGGGGAAACACACCGUUUGGCAUUGACAGCAUGCCAGACCUCCGCAAGAGGAGGCCCAUUCCUCUUGUUAGUGAACUGGCUAUGUCCAUGAUACAGUCCAGGAAAGCUGGCCUCGCCCACACACUGGCCACACGGACCUCCCUGAAAGACGAAGAGCUUAAAAACCAUGUGUACAAGAAGACCCUGCAGGCUCUGAUCUACCCGAUCUCCUGCACCACACCACACAAUUUUGAGGUCUGGACGGCCACCACGCCCACCUACUGCUACGAGUGCGAGGGUCUGCUGUGGGGCAUCGCCCGGCAGGGUAUGCGCUGUGCAGAGUGCGGGGUCAAAGUGCACGAGAAAUGCCAAGAGCUGCUGAACGCUGACUGCCUGCAGAGAGCGGCCGAGAAGAGCUCCAAGACUGGGGCGGAGGAUCGAACGCAGCACAUCAUCAUGGCUAUGAAGGACAGGAUGAAGAUUCGUGAGAGGAACAAGCCAGAGAUCUUUGAGGAGAUCCGUAAGGUGUUCGACAUCACCAAGAUGAUCCACGUCCAGCACAUGAAGAGCAUCAAGCAGAGCGUCCUGGAUGGCACCUCCAAGUGGUCGGCCAAGAUCACCAUCAACAUCGUCAGUGCGCAGGGUCUACAGGCCAAGGACAGGACGGGCUCCAGUGACCCAUAUGUCACGAUCCAAGUUGGGAAGACCAAGAAGAGAACGAAGACCAUCUACGGCAACCUGAACCCAGUCUGGGAGGAAAAGUUCAGUUUCGAGUGCCACAACUCAUCGGAUCGCAUCAAGCUGCGGGUGUGGGACGAAGACGAUGACAUCAAGUCGCGAGUGAAGCAGCGUCUGAAGAGGGAGUCUGACGACUUCUUGGGUCAGAGCAUUAUCGAGGUUCGAACUCUAAGCGGAGAGAUGGACGUCUGGUACAACCUGGAAAAGAGAACAGACAAGUCGGCGGUGUCUGGUGCCAUUCGUCUUCAGAUCAGCGUGGAGAUCGAGGGAGAGGAGAAGGUGGCACCCUACCACGUUCAGUACACGUGCCUACAUGAGAACACGUUCCACUUCUCAACCGAUGUGGAGGGAGGCGGCGUGGUGAAGAUCCCAGUGGCUCAGGGAGACGAUGCGUGGAAGGUUUACUUUGAUGAGGUGCAGCAGGAAAUCGUGGACGAGUUCGCCAUGCGCUAUGGCAUCGAGUCCAUAUACCAGGCCAUGACCCAUUUCUCUUGCCUGUCCUCUAAGUACAUGCUGUCAGGGGUGCCGGCAGUGAUGAGCACUCUGCUGGCCAACAUUAAUGCCUUCUACGCCCACCCCACCGCCUCCACCAACGUCUCAGCUCCGGCCAGAUUUGCAGCAUCCAACUUUGGGAGAGAUCGUUUUGUGAAGCUCCUGGAUCAGCUGCACAACUCCCUGCGCAUCGACCUCUCCAUGUACAGAAACAACUUCCCUGCCAGCAGCAAGGCUCGCCUCAAUGACCUCAAGUCAACAGUGGAUCUUCUCACCAGCAUCACGUUCUUCAGGAUGAAGGUCUUGGAGCUGCAGAGUCCUCCCAGAGCUGCCAACGUGGUGCGGGACUGCGUCAAGGCCUGCCUGAACUCCACCUACGAGUACAUCUUCAACAACUGUCUGGAGCUCUUCAACCGCCAGUUCCAGUCCGCCGUCCAACCACCUCAGCCAGAGAAGAAAAAGAAGAAGAAGGAAAAAGCGGAAGGAGAGGAGGAGGAUGACGAUGAAGAGGAAGAUGAGGAGGAGGAAGAGGAAGAGGAGAAGAAAGAAGAGAACCAGCAGGAGGAGCAGGGCCCGAGCAUCCAGAAUCUGGACUUUUGGCCUAAACUCAUCACGCUCAUCGUCUCCAUCAUUGAGGAGGACAAGAACUCGUACACACCCAUCAUUAACCAGUUUCCUCAGGAACUCAAUGUGGGUAAAGUCAGCGCUGAGGUCAUGUGGAUGUUGUUCGCUCAGGACAUGAAAUAUGCCCUGGAGGUUUUGCACAAAAUUGACAACUAUCGCUGGAACAAUGCUCCCACCACAUUUUGCAUCCGCAAAGUUGACUUCUACACUGAACACGAGAAGCAUAGGCUCUGUAAGACUGCUGACUACAUGAACCUGCACUUCAAGGUCAAGUGGCUUUACAACGAGUAUGUCAAGGACCUGCCCGCCUUUACAGACGUUGUGCCUGAAUACCCUGCGUGGUUUCUCCAGUUUGUCCUGGCCUGGCUGGCUGAGAACGAGGAGGUGUCGAUGGAGUUCAUGCAUGGGGCGCUGGAGAGAGACAAGAGAGAAGGGUUCCAGCAGACAUCUGAGCACGCUCUGUUCUCCAGCUCGGUGGUGGACAUCUUCACUCAGCUCAACCAGAGCUUUGAGAUCAUCAAGAAGCUGGACUGCCCUGACCCCGUUGUGGUGGGCCAUUAUAACCGACGCUUCGCCAAGACGAUCACCAAAGUGCUGCUGCAGUACUGUGCCCUGCUGGCCAAGAGCUUCCCCUCCUACUGUGAGAAGGAAAAGAUACCCUGUGUGCUGAUGAACAACAUCCAGCAGAUGAGGGUCCUGUUGGAGAAGAUGUUCGAGUCGAUGGGAGCAAAACAGCUAACUGAUGAGGAGGAGAGGCUUGAGAAUGAGGAGGAACCUGAGGAGUUUGAUGAGGAGGCCAUCAGUGACAACGAAGGGGAGGAUGACAUGUCAGAGGAGUCCAAGUCUGGCUGCUCAGACUCAGAGGAAUCUGAGGUUGACAACAAAGACAAGGAGAAAAAGGACGAGUCCUCAGCCUAUGAUGACAGCGAGGAGGAGCAGGAGAAGCUUGAUAAGGAAAAGUCUCAGUCCAAGAAGGAAAAGGCUGAAAAGAAAGACAAAGAGAAGCAGGAGGACACUAAGAGCAAACAGUCAAAGGAGGAAGUAAACAAGACUGAAGCCACAGCUGCCACAAAGAAGCUGGAUACAGAGGCAGCUGACAUCCUCAAUGAGCUGCAGGUGAAGCUCAGCACUGUCCUGGAGAACUUCAGCACCAUGUUUGCAAAGAGUUUCCAGACUCGUAUUAACGGCUGCAUGCGUCAGAUGGCUGAGAUCCUCUACCAGAUCAAAGGCCCACCCAAUCACAACACUGCAGAGGCAGAUGCUGACAACAUGCUGAGGCCCCUAAUGGAGUUCCUGGAUGGGAAUCUCAGUAUCUUUGCUGACAUCUGUGAGAAGACGGUGCUGAAGAGGAUCCUGAAGGAUCUGUGGAAGAUCGUCCUGAGCAGCCUGGAGAAGACCAUCGUCCUGCCUCAGAGCAACGACAGUCUGGGUGCCCAACUCCUCACAGCAGCUAAAGGACUUUCUAAUCUCAAGGGAGGUGGUGAAGCCAAAACCUUGACGCCCAAACAGUGUAUAAUUAUUGAUGCAGGGCUGGAGACGAUCAAGCAAUACUUCCAUGCAGGAGGUAACGGGCUGAAGAAGGCGUUUGUAGAGAAAAGUCCUGAACUGGCUUCACUGCGUUACGCCCUCUCCCUCUACUCCCAGAGCACCGAUGCUCUCAUCAAGACCUUUGUCACCACACAACACUCCCAAGUGCACGGUGGGAUGGGCAUCAGAAUCACUGGCAAUGAGAAGAUUCGACCUGACAGGAGCUCGGGGAUAGAGAAGCCCAUCGGAGAGGCCGUUCUGCAGAUCGACAUGAUGCUCGGGAAGGAACGCAAAGUCAAUGUCAGAGUCAUCGCAGCGAACGACAUGAAGUGGCAGACAUCAGGGAUGUUCCGGCCUUUCGUUGAAGUCUCCAUGGUCGGCCCCUUCCUGGCCGACAAGAAGCGCAAGUUCACUACAAAAUCUAAGAACAACAGCUGGUCUGCAAAGUUCAACGAGGCUUUCCUGUUUGUCCUGGGUAAGGAGUCCCCAGACUGCUAUGAGCUCCAGGUGACGGUGAAGGAUUACUGUUUCGGCCGGGCGGACCGCGUGGUCGGCAUGGCCGUGGUUCAGCUGCGUGACGUCGCUGACCGCAAGAGCUGCGUGUGCUGGUGUCCUCUCGGGCCGCGGAUCCAAACCGACGAGACAGGCAUGACGGUGAUGCGCAUCCUGUCCCAGCGGCCUGCUGAUGAAGUGGCCAAGGAGUUUGUCAAGCUGAAAUCUGAAACUCGUCCUGUGGAGGAGGGCAGAUGAGCAGAGUCAGACUCAAGAUCAGAGAUUUGAUGGAAAUCGUGAAAAUGUGAAACUGACAUGGAUCAUGGUCAGGGCUCGUUGUUCACGGCUUUGUCUGGUGUUCAUGAGCACUGUCAUCUUCAUCCUCAGUAAACACAGACUUCUCACUGAUGACAUUCAACAUGGAGGACAUAUGGAUUUAAAUCACCAUCUCAGUGGUCAAAAAGUUUUAGUUCAUCGAAGUGAAGCUCUUGAAAUCUUCUUGAUCUUCUAAUCCUGAUGACCGAUGAUCCAUAGCCAAUUAAAUCUAGAUAAAAUCUAACAUAUUUGUCAUCUGUUGGCUGUGAGAGCUGACCUCACAAUGCUGAUCCACAGCUUUUUACCAAACAUACAUUCACAGCAAUGAAUGGAUUUGUGUCUCUGUCUACCUGACAGUGUGAAAAGAUGCGAACAAGGAGUUCGUUUUAAAACUGAAUGGACCUGAACAGUAAAUUCUGACUGCUAUUAAGUGACUGUUUGAUGAUCAUAAGUAACAAUGACAUGAGAUGAAAGUGAGUUGGGGGAAAUAAUCCCAGAUUCUUGUACUGUUUGAGCCUUUGAGGCCUUUUGACUGCAAACAAAUAUCUUGCAACAUCGGUACCACUGUUGACUCUGGUGUCCCACACUUAAAAAAAAAAAAAAAAACGGAUACCAGUCAUUAACCAGCUAAUAAAUGUCACAAAAACACAUUCAAAUUAACAAAUGUUAUACUUAGCAUGAUAUGUUGCAGAGUUUUUAAGAAACAUUUAAGCAGGUAACCAAUGAAGACAGUUUCAAAAUUUGAAUUUUGGAAUUUAGUAGCCAACAAUAAUUCCCCAACUUGAGCAAAAGAAUAAAAAUAAAACAGCUUAUGGUCCUUUUUUUGUGGCAUUUCGCUUUAUUGACAGUGACAGUGACAGGAAAGGCAGGGGAGAGAGAGGGGAUGACAUGCAACAAAGGGCCCGGGCCGGCCCCAAACCCGGGCCGCUACGGCAAGGACCCAGCCCCGAUGAGCCACCUGGGCGCCCCCUAUGGUCUUUUUUAAAAGAUCAUGGUUUACUCGUUUUUCAUUUAACAUAAUGAUAGAAUUAAGUGCAACACACAUCAGCCGCAUCAGGUGUCACACCGUUUGAUUCAUGCCAAUUGACACCCGAAGCACCAGAUGCAUCUUACAGCAAAAAGAAGCAGUAGGACACAGCAGUCAGAAUAUACUAAUCCGCAGAGUGAAUGUUAUAAAACUGCAGCUUUUCUGGAGAGUUGACGUAUGUCUAAGCCGUGACAAGGUGCCGCUAUUGUGUGUUGCCCUGUAAUGAUGAACUUCUGGUAAUACUUUUCCCGGACUGAAUAAUUAUAACCUUGAAAAGAAAGAAAAGAUGCCACACGAAUCACAUCACCUUAAAAAAAGCUGGCUAGCUAACGUAGCUAGCUCACCGUACUAAGAAACUUAACAUGCACCGUACUAAGAAACUUAACAUGAAUGGGCUCUACAACAUUGACUUGUAAAAUAAAAAGGUAUUGAUUUUUUUCGCAAAGAAUUAUGGGUAUAGUGGUUUAAACUAUCUGACUGACCUCUGGACUGUGGCCUGUCGAACAAAGCGCAGCUUCUCUGCACUGAGAAGAAAUGCAGUGUCAGAGGCUUUGAAUUUAGCUCUUCUGUUUUUGCCAACUGUGACUGUGAACACUGUUUACCUGUCAACCUGCUCUGAAUGGAAACAACCAAAGGUUGACAACCUGUUUUCAGGGGUUAAAUAGUGUGAACACCCUUAUGGAGGACCAGAAAUGGACCUCUAAGAUUUUCUGUAUGUCUCUCAGAUGCCACAGCCUUGCCAUGCAUGCACAGUCACUGUACCAAUCAUAUGUUUCUGAAUAUCAAACUCGGCCUUGGAUGGAAAAUAAAACAUGCAGGCAGGUUGUUCGACUGACUGAAGUGCGACUGGGUUUGAUCCACACUCUUGUCUGUUUACUAUGUGCCAAGGAACGCAAGUGUUCAGCGAGCCAUGUUCAACUAGCUCUCUUCACGCAUUUUGGGUUGUUUGCGGACAGAUGUGGCCAUUGUAGAUGUCCCACUUACUUUACUGCACGUCUGACUAAACUAGCUGCACUUUGGUUCCAAACUCAAGAGGAUCUGUUUGGAAGAAUUUAGAUGAGAUAGUCUGGAGACUAGUUUGGAGUUUUGUCUUUGGUUCUGCUGUAUUAAACUGAACAUUUGUCUGCAGUAGUGUGUAAGUGCAUAAUAGGGGGAUCUUUUAAAAUGGCCACAGCUGAAGUGACAACUGAACUCUUGCACUCUGUUUCAAACUGACUGUAAGUUUGUAAAAAAUAAAAGCCUAUGACCAGAGCAUGUAUUUAUUGUAUACAAAGUCAGCUAGAAUUGUGACCUCUUUCAUGUAUGUACUGUGAAAUAUGAAGACUGAUCAAAUGUAUGUAAAGUAGUUAUCAUUAUUCUAAUGUGAUAUGUUGAAUAUACUUGUAACAAUAUUUUGUAUAUAAAAUAUUUAUGAAUCAA